CCUCCCGGAAGUGCCGGCGGAGCGUGUGCAUGGCGCGCGAGUCCUGUGUCUCGGAGGCUGGCUCCGCCGCGGCCGCGCUCUUCGGCUGGGGUGCAAAUAGCUACGGGCAGCUUGGCCUUGGCCACAAGGAAGAUGUGCUUCUUCCCCAGCAACUGAGCAGCUUCUGUGAGCCCGGGUGCAUCAGGACUGUCACAGGAGGUGGGGGCCAUUCUGCAGCUGUCACAGAUAGAGGAGGACUCUUUGUUUGUGGCCUGAAUAAAGAUGGGCAGUUGGGGCUCGGCCACACAGAAGAUGUUCUGUGUUUUACCAUCUGCAAGCCUCUCCUUGGUUGUCCAAUCAAACAGGUGGCCUGUGGCUGGGAUUUUACCAUUAUACUCACAGAAAUAGGUCAAGUUCUGUCAUGUGGAUCCAACGCCUUUGGCCAGUUAGGUGUGCCGCACGGCCCUCGCAGAUGUAUGGUUCCGCAGACCAUUGAGCUCCUGAGAGAGAAGGUUGUUUGUGUCGCUGCUGGACUGAGGCAUGCGUUAGCCACUACAGUGAGUGGCAGCGUGUUCCAGUGGGGGACUGGCUUGGCAUCUUCUGGACAACGCUUGUGUCCUGGGCAGACUCUGCCAUUGUUUUUGACAGCAAAGGAACCAAGCAGAGUGACAGGCCUUGAAAAUUCCACAGCAGUAUGUGUCGUUGCCGGAUCUGACCACUCAGCCGCAUUAACAGAUACAGGAGAACUGUAUGUCUGGGGCCGGAACAAGCAUGGGCAACUGGCUUCCCUGGCUGCAUUCCUUCUUCUGCCCCAGAGAAUAGAUGCACGAUGCUUUCAGAAUGAAAAGCUCACUGCUGUCUGGAGUGGCUGGACACACCUGGUUGCUCAGACAGAAACUGGCAAGGUGUUUACCUGGGGUCGAGCAGACUAUGGUCAGCUAGGGCGGAAGUUGGAGUCUCCUGAUGGCCAGAAACCCCACAAACUAGAUUCAUCUCUUGCCUUUUGGAGGCAGCAAAGCAGUGUGCCUUUGUCUCUGCAUUGCCUGACAGGAGCAGCCAAGAUUUCUUGUGGCUCAGAACACAAUUUGGCAAUAAUUGGUGACAAGUGUUGUGCCUGGGGCUGGAACGAACAUGGCAUGUGUGGGGAUGGCACUGAGUCCAAUGUCUGGACGCCAUCUCCAGUGCAGGCUCUCCAGUCAGCGAGACUCCUCCUUGUGGGCUGUGGGGCUGGCCACUCCUUGGCCUUAUGUCAGCUGCCAGCACACCUUGUGCCAUGCCAGGAUCUCAAGGUCACCUACCCACUCCACACUGCCACAGAGAACACUGAAUCUCAGGAUGCCGUGGACAAAGAGAAACUGGAAGGAUAGAUGAUCGGGAACUUCCACCCAGAGCAGUUCUGACCAGAUGAGCCACGAGUGCCCGUGAGAGAGCACCUUUAAUAAAGCGACUGAUCCCAACGAAGAUCCCUGGAGAACCAGAGCAGUGAGGAGGUGCUUGCCCACUGCUCCAAGAGGACUGAGCUGUGGAGACAACAUCUUUUCUCCUCAGCAGAUGCAAAUGAAGAAGGGAUCCUCACUAAAGGAUAUGCAAAGUGAAAACGACAGUAAAGAAGACUCCAGCCCCUGAGUGAUCUCAGCCCAGCUCCAUGGCUGUGCUCUGCUCCAGCGGCCUUUGGUCAGAAGACGGGGCUCUAGGAUAUAUUUAGAGCAGCGUACUAUCCCUUCUGUCCAGAGUCCAUUGCCUCUGGUACCAGGUACUGUGCCUGGAGACUCUGAAAGGAAGGCGCUCACAUCUUCACGACCAGGGCCCCAGCAAAGGCUUAGGGUCAGGUGGGGGGAAUGAAGUGAGGGAAGUGGAGAGCGUGCAAGGCUUCUGGGAACACCAGCAGAGGAUCCCAAGUGCAGACAGGGUGUCUGGAGCCAGGGAAACUCUCAGAAGAUGGAUAGGUCUUCCUCCAACCAGGCAGGAUUCUGGGGCUGCUGUAGCAGGUGGGCUGUUUAGUCUCUGAGUUGGGAUGCCUGGACUCUACUGGACAUUAAAGCUGGGGGACCUUCCAUCAACAUACAGUUGAGAGACCUCUAAACUACUUCCUGCAGAGUCUGGCAUGGUGGCACAUGCCUUUAAUGCCAGAGCUAGGUGCAUCUCCAAGAGUUUAAAGCCAGCCUGGUGUACAUAGCGUGUUACAUAGUGAGACCUGUUCUGAGCCUUGGGCAUCUCCUUGUAGACAGAGUACCACCUCCAGGUUCCUCUAGGCAGUGAAAAUUUUGUCUUUACAUUAUGUAUUGUGAGCUGCAUAAGAUUAUAUUUGAUAAGUGGGUCCUUAAGAAAUUGAAGAAACUGCUGAUCUUAUUCAACCAUUCUUGUUUUUCAUCAGGAGAAUAUAGUGGCUAUAAAAAGGGGGAAGGGUCAUCUCAAGGUCACGCACCUCAGGGUGACCCAACCAUAGCCCUGCGCUAGGCAACAGUGGAUAGGAAGUAGCUACAUGACUAGAAGUGGGUUCUUCUCAGAAAACACGGAUGAAGUCAGUUCAGACUCCACAGGUCUGAGCCUAGGCACUGCUUGCAGCUACAGUCUGACCUGCAACCCAGUGAUUUGAGUCUUGCUCCCGACUUUUGGCCCAGGAACUAUGCCCUGUUCCAUACAACCCCACCUCCCAGGCCCAGAGGCCUGUUGCAACAUUUGUACUCUGAUAUGCUCAAACCCACAAAAAUGGAGCCAUCACCCAGGGGUAAGCCAUACUGGAGCAAGCUCAAGGUUACUGUCUUCUAAGCUGAAUAGUUGGCAAAAAUCAGGUCAGAAAACAUUCCCCUGUGACCCAUACUGCCUCCAGUUUCCAGUCACAAGAAACAACACCGUCUUGCCCAGAAGCCCACAAGGCAGAGCUCCCUCCUAUCUCUUUCAGCACUGCUGGAAAAGCUCAGCGCCCUGCGCUUCUGCUGCUGGAACCCAGCACCUUAUUUGCAGGAGGCAGAAGUGUCUUUGAGUCCUGAAUAGGAUCAGCAUAUCAGCCCUAAGUCCUUUGAUCCCUCAGCUCAGAUGCUGACAAGUGUGUCAGAGCCUUCUGGCUGCAGGCCCAUGCAGGAAGGAGUGGCUCCAUGGCCCAUCACCUCACCUCCACUCCCAUCCUGCACUUCCUGAUGGCCGUGUGGCCAGAGGCCCUUCUUACUUCACUGCCUGUCUCCAGUGAGGGAAAGCACCUAUCGGAGAUGAAGAAGGACGUGUCUAGAUUUCCCCCCUGCAUCCUUUGGUGGCUAUUUGUCUUUCUAAGACUUUGUCCCAGUUCCCUUUCUGGGCAGUCCAUGAGGGAGCCAGCUCCUAGUCAGUUUAGAACUUAGCAAACUGUAAACGAAUGAUAUUCUCAGUGUCCCUGUGGGUCACCAUGGAGUGAGGAGGCUAACUGAGCAAGCCCUGAGAUCCCACCCUUACCCACCCUCAACUUUAUUACUCUGUUUACAGCUCUCUGAGAAACAGUCUCCAGGCCCCAUAGCUAUUUGAUAGUUCCACUUCACCUGCGUGUUAGACCCAUCAGGGGCAUAGGCGCUUACUUGAAUAAGAGCUCAUUUUAAAAAAAUACAUUUUCUUGAUUGACUAAGUAAAUUUGCCUUCAUUUCCUACCUCUGCCCCUCAUGAGAAGAAGAAUGACGCCAUUGUGCACUUGCAGGCCUUUGACCAGGCCCUGGAGUAAGUGGUGAAGACCCAGUAUGCAACAGCUUUGCCUUCCCUACUUCCCACACCCACUCUUCCCUCUGGUCAUGGAUACCCACCUUCCCUUGACACAUCUGCUAUCUUUGGCCAUACUGGGUCCUCACAUGCCUGCGAAGUCCAUUAAAAUAACUUCGGAUGGUGGGCUGGCUAGUCUUAUGUCAACUUGACACAGGCUAGAGUCACCUGAGAGGAGGGAACCUCAGCUGAGAAAAUGCCUCCAUAAGAUUGAGUUUCAGACAAGCCUGUAGGAUAUUUUCUUAAUUAGUGACUGAUGAGGGAGGGCCCAGUGCAUUAUGGGUAGGACCACCUCUGGACUGGUGGGCCUGGGUUCUAUCAGGAAGGAAGCUAUGCAAGCCAUGAAGAACAAGCCAGUAAGCAGCACCCCUCCUCGGACUCUGAAUCAGCUCCUGCAUCCAGGGUCCUGCCCUGUUUGAGUUCCUGCUCUGAUUUCCUCCAAAGAUAGACUAUGGUGUAGAAGUGUGAGCUGAAUUAAAAACCCUUUCCUCCCCGACUUGCUUGUGGUCAUAGUGUUUUAUCGUAGCCAUAGAAACCCUAACUAAGAUGGGUAGCGCGUCCUUGGGGACACUCUGGAUGAAGCGACGCUGUGGGAGGUAGUGUGGAGGAGCUGCAGGUCGCGUCAGAUUGCUGAGUGUGGCUGCUGCAAGUCCAGAGCUGCCUCACUGCAGCACAGGGUAGGCAGAGGCGAGGGCAGGCGGGGGAGGGGGCUGCUGGCCUAGAAAACCAGCUGAGGGAGGCAGUGUGAGCAUCAUCCAUUAGGGUAGCAGGGUGUUUCAGCAGGAGUGAGCUGGCCAGCUGUGGAUCAGGAGAGAUCUGGAUCAGAACAUGAAGUGGCCCCUUCUGUCACACCUAUGGCAUUCCAUGAAGGAGGGCAGGAGGCCAGAUCCAAAGAGUCCUAGAUCCAGAACCCAUAACUUCAGUAUUUCACCAUCAAGGACCAGCCCCACAAAGUCCUAAGCUCAAAACAGCACAACCUGAGCUCUGGAGUCAAACCACCCAGGUUAUGAUCUUGACUUCACCUUAGCUGGGAUAUGUGGCUUUUGUUGUUUUCCCUGUCUGCACUUUGUUAUCUCGGCUGUAGUAUGAGGUGAUUGGGCUGUUCUGAGCUGGCGUUAGGCAAUGUUUGUGAGAUGCUCCACACGGUAGAUCCCUCUAGCUGUGGUGUUCCUAAGCCUAUAUUGCAGAUGAUUCUGUUAUUCAGCAAAGCCCCAUCUUCCUAGCAGAUCUCUGACUCAUGUCGACACUGGUCUUAGGCUGCUUCACUGGGGUAUCCUGAGACUUGGCUAUGAGAUGCCUAGGCCCCUAGAGGCUCUACCAACCCCACCCCCUGGUUUCCUGCACUGGGUACCGGGAAAUUGAGACAAGCUCUAGAGAGGUGAGAAGCUAGUAGGUAAAACCCAUCCAUGGGCUCACAGACUCUGGCUGUGCUGGGAGGUGACAUCUUUAUGCUGAUGGCCCUGGGCAGCUUGCUGCCUUCUCCGGCCUUGUCUCCUCAUCUUCAGAUGCUCAGGGGCUGACUGUAUAACCUCUGGGGUCUCUUUCCAUAUGAGCAUUCUGAAAUUCUAAUGGAUGAGGAAGAAUCAGAUCUUCCAUUGCACCCCACACCCAAACCUGCAAGUGAGUUUCCCCAGAGCAGAUCGUACUCUUUCCAAGGUGUGUCUAGGCUGAGAGGAGUAUUCGAUUAUUCGAUGAGGUAGUCUCUAGACCAGGCUCUGCAAGUUGGCCAGGGCACCCAGACCUGACAGACCCAACGGUAGUCCUAGCCGGGAGGUGCUCAUGGCUGCAGAGGGCAACUAGAUGCUCCGACAUGGCUUAUAAUGCAAGGAUCCACAAGAUGAGGCAUAAAACCAUCCCAGGUGACCCCCACUAAGGGUGUGCUUUUGUCCCUUAGCCCAGCAGUAUCUGCAGCCCUACCCUGCAGGGAACAGCAUCCUCAAA